UGUGCGCCUGAUCCCAAAACCGAAUACCUUAGCACUCGCGCUACCUCCUCGAGCAUCCCUUCAUCGAGAUCAUUCCACGAUUCUUGAUUAAUUAUAAACUUUGAAAACCAUGUAUUGGAUCCUGUUCCUUUCCAUGACUGCUGCUGUUCAUCAGUGUGCAUCUGUGUACUUGUCUCCGACGUUUAAGCGGUUGCUGACCGAUACGCUUCUUCGACAAUUAAUCAAUCAAAUGGGAAAUAAACUGGUGGACACAGCGGAUUCUUAUCUGGAAUAUCAGGACAAACCGAAAGAAAUUCCCACUGAGCUACCUGCUGAUUACGAUAGCAUAGACACUUUGAACCCAAAUCCUAGCAUCCGAGACCAAGAGUAUCUGAGACACAGUAGCUUAUGGAGUCACCAACGUGUCAGUAGUAAUGACAGAACGAACGACAGGCUAAGAGUUAAGCCUGGAAGCAUAAAGAUUAUCAAAGACGAGAAAGAGAACGCUUUACCUGCUUAUUGCACACCACCGAAUCCCUGCCCAGUUGGGUACACCAGUGAGAACAAUUGUAUCAUGAAUUUCAAAAAUACCGCUGCAUUCAGCCAAGAGUACCAAAGCGCGCAAGAUUGCAUGUGUGACACGGAACAUAUGUUGGAUUGUCCGAUUGACUCCGCGAACAACAAUAAUCUACAAAGCAUGCACAUUCCCAACUCUAAUUUCAAUGAAAUUGUCGAUCAAUUUCAGGCUGAAGAAAAUCCAUUCUUCCGGGGAGAAAAGUUGCCGAUCGCGGCGAAGAAAGGUCUAAACGUUAUCUACUGAAACAUCUGACAUAUCUUAGCGGAUGAUCUCACGGUACAAGGAUUAACGAAAGCGUUACAUUUCAGAAUAUAUCAAUAAACUUCCUCAAUCCAGUAUGUGGUAAUUCAUUAAAAAAUAAUACGAAAGAUAGAUAAAUUUAUAAUUAAACGAAAAGAUUUUGCAUAAUCCGAAAACCUGGUGCUAAAUAAGAUUACA